CAAAAACUCGCAUCUGGUGAUGAUGGCGCGACGGUAAUGCGGCCGCAUGUUCAGGUGCUACAGUAGAAGGCUUACACGCAGCAACCAAUUGCGCAUCUAGCAUACGAGGCAUAGAAAGAGUCGUACUUACUGACGAGCCGCGAGAUGAGCAGCGCAGUGGCUGUAGCGGGUCAGAAUCCUAUCGGAAGCGCCACGCAGACGAAUCCGGAUGACUCGUGGCAGAAGCUCAUUCGCCAGCUGGAGGAGUGCUUCGCGGAUGAGAAAGCCCCCUGGAUCCUCCCUCUGCGGCCGCACUUCACGGCUGCUGCUCGGCGGGGCGACCCCUUCCUCGCCCUCCCUGCUGCCGCCCUCCCAGCCUUCGUUAAGAAGGUCGCCUCUGCCUGUUCGUUCAUCGACCCUGCGUGUGACACCAACCUCGCUGCUGCUGUGCCACUCUUGCUUGCAGCAGUGUCCCGAUCGCAGAAGCUGGAACUAGCAGCAGCUGCUGCUACUGCUGCUGCAGACGUAGCAGGUGCGGCUGCUGGUGCAGGAGCCUUACCACUGCAGGGGCAUGGGGUUGUGGGGACAGAAGGGAGAGAAGUGGAAGGAGGGAGAGAAGUGGAAGGAGGGAGAGGGUUCGGAGAGGGAAAGGGGUUAAGAGAAGGGAUGGGAGUGGAUGAGUCGAGGGAGGGAGAGGCACGUGGGGGCCUUCCUUGCUCGAGUUUCUGGGUGAGGCGGCGGGAAGAAGCUUCUGCGAAGGUUCUUCAGGAGCUGCUGGUGGGGAUGUCUGCUGGAAAAAGGGCUGCAGAAGUGGGCGGGGGCGGGGCAGCGGGAGGGGGCGGGGGAGAGGUGGGAGGGGGAGGGGUGGGAGGGGGAGGGGGAGAGGUGGGAGGGGGAGGGGUGGGAGAGGGAAGGGGAGAGGUGGGAGGAACAGUAGGAGCAGGAGGAGCAGGAGGAGCAGGAGGAGCAGGAGGAGCAGGAGGAGCAGUGGUGGCAAGGGACGAGGGUGAAAGGGGUGGAGAUGGAAAAUGUGCGAAGGAGAGCGAAAGAGCAGCUGAAGCUGCUGCUGGGAAGACGGAGGAGGGUGCAGAGGAGUCAGGGGGAGGGGGGGCAGCUUCAGGCCGCAAGGAUGGAGAAGGGCAUGGCACAGGUGCUACAGCUGCAGGCAGCAAAGCGGAAGGACAGGGAGGACAGGGAGGACAGGGAAGACAGGGAGGACAGGUAGGAAUGCUGGAAGGAAAGGAGCGGGUGGAAAGAGCAGGGGCGAUGGCGCAUGAGGGUGGGGAGAGGCGUGUGUCCAUGGUGAUCGUUCCGUGUCCCUCGUGGCGGCAGCAGCAGCAGCAGCAGCAGCAGAGUAGCCACCAGGUGCCUCGGACGAUGAGUGUGGCUGUAAAGAAGGACGAGUACAUUCUGGACCGGAUAGCUGAGGUGCUUGUAACGAGCUGGUCCGAGGGCGAGAGCAGCAAUGGGAUGGAUGGAAGCAGCAGCCUGCACACGGCCAACAGCGACAGCAGAGAUUGCCGUAGGAGGGAAAGCAGCAGGAAGAGCAGAGGGAUGGCUUGUGCGAAUGCUGGGUCACUUCUCAUAUCCAAGUUGUUGCACAAGCAUCAUCUCCACAUGCGCCUCCUCUCGCUCCUCCUGCCCAAUCUCUCACCUCUACAGUCAGCAAACGUGGAAAAAGAGCCGUCACCAUCACCAUCACCAAGUGCCACAGUUUCUAAAAAUGGCAGCCAGCUGGCAGUGAACAGCACAGCGACGUGGCUGGCAGGAUACCAGGUGCGAGGACCAGCAGUGGUGGCGGUGGUUGAAGCAUCAUGGAGCGACGGGCGGAGAGGGGAGAUGGAGGACGAGGGGGUGGUGGCAUGGGACGUGUACAGGCGUCUAUUAUCCCGCCACCCCAGGGGCAUGUAUCAGCUCAGCCUGGACGCCCCUCUCCUGGCCGCCCUGCCGCUCUCCUUCUCCUCCUCCUCCCUGUGGCGUGGCAAGCACCCCAAGUCCUUGCUCCUCGAGCUCUGCAUCAUCCAGCGGGCCAUCGACCCCACGCCGAUCAAGGCCCUCUCGUGGAUGUGCCCCAAUGCCCACGGGUCAGGGAACCCGCCGUUGGCGGUUUUAGAUCCUGUGUUCGAUCAGCAGUCGGAGCUGGAGGAAAAGGAGCAGCAGAGAGAGUGCAGUGAGCGCUGUUGCUGCUGCCGGAAGUCAAUGCAGCUGGCGGUGGGUGACCCUUUGUUCGAGUUCCUAUCGCCCACAGGCGAUGCCAUUCAGGCAAACUCAGGCACUGCAACAGCCGCCCCUAGUGAUGCUAGUGGCAGCAGCACCAGCAGAGCUACGGGUGGCAGUGGGGGGUUCAAAUGCCGGGUUACGAUAAGCAGGGGUCCCUCUGCCCCUCCCUUAGUCUGCGUCUCUCGGCGCCGCUACGCUGCUCGCAUGGAUGCCGUGCAUGCUGCUUGCCUGGAGGCGCUGAGAGAGAUUCAGAGAGAGUAUGAGGAGGGUUGGGGGAAAGUGGUGGAUCCCUGGGGGGUGUGGGGGGGAGUGGAGAGAGGAGGGGGUGGAGGAGGAGGAGGGGAGGGGGACGCGGUGGGAGAGGGAGCAGCAGGAGGAGAAGCAGGAGAAGAAGUGGUAGGGGCGGAAGGGGUACCGAUGGAAAUCUGCACGGAAGAGGGGAAGGGAGGGGGCGGAGAGGAGCGGCAUGAGAAGGGAAGAGCGGAGAAAGAUGGGAAGGGAAGAACAGAGGAGGAGGAAGAGGAGGAGGAGGAGGAGGAGGACGAUGGGACACUGGCUAGGAAGCGAUUGAAGGAUGUUGCUGCUGAAGGUUCGUCUCCUGCUACAGAGUCUGCUGCUGAAGUUGCCGGCGCCGUGGCACCGCCAACAGAAGCAGCACCAGCAGCCGCCUCGCCCUCACCCUCCUCCUCCCCCACAUCCCCUGCGCUCGGCUGCCUGGUGUCCAUCGCCUAUCGAGUCACUCUCCCAAGGACCCCGAGGAGCGACACCCAGCUGUGCAGCCAACUGCUUAGCAAACCAAACAGUCACUGUGCAAAGUCACUUUCCAAACCAGGGGCUUCUGGAUCAAUGGAGACACCCCUAAGUGCGGCAGACGUUUGCUUGGAGAGCAAGGAUUCGUUCGAGUUUGAGUUUGGCCGCGGCUGUGUUGACGAGCGGAUCGAGGCUCUGAUUGGCCGCAUGCUGCCAGGUCAGACUGCUGACGUCAGCAUUCCGACCAGAGGGCCUCUGCCUCCCUUUCCUGCAUUGGAGGCCAUUCAGCCUGCUGCGGUGGCAGCCCCCUCCACCCUCCACUGGCGCAUCACCCUCCUCUCGGUAUCAGCAGCAGAGGAGGAGGAUCGCAUCGAUGCUGCCGUCUUCUCGCCCUCCCUCUCCAAGCAGCGCCUCGCCUUUGCUGCUGCGCUCAUUCGCAAGCACGCCCCAACGUUCCUGAUAGACAUUGGGUGUGGAUCCGCCUCUCUCUUCGACCACCUACUAUCAGCAUCAGGGAACCCUGCAAGGGAGGCAGCAGCUGGGGGAGGUGCUGCUGGGGAGGGGACUAUAGAUAACAGGAAUGCGGACGAGGGGUAUGCCUUUGAGCCGACUCAAAAGAAGGGCAUUGGGGAUGGUGGGAGAGCGGAGGAGCGGUGUGGAGACAGGGCCAAGUCGUUUGGUCUGCCGGCAAGAAUGGUGGGGUUCGACAUCAGCCCCAAGGAGCUGGAGCGAGCCGGGCGGAGCCUAAGUCGCACCAUCACAAGCCUGGAAGCAGCUGCACAGCCGAAAGCAGCAGCAGUGAGGCAGCACUCACCAGACGCAGCCACAGGUGCAGAACAGGUGCAGCCUGCACCAGAAACAACCUGCACUGCACCAGCAGCUUCGGCGUGGUUGGCGCUCUAUGCCGGUUCCCUUGCUGACGUGGACGAUCGCAUGAAGGGUGCUGACGUGGCGACUUGCCUGGAGGUGGUAGAGCAUUUGGACGAAGAGCCAUUGGCAGCCUUUGGAGGUGCGGUGCUGGGAGCGCUCAGACCACGCGUUCUGCUUGUCUCCACACCUAAUAUCGAGUACAACACUGCCAUCCGCACUGCUACCGCCGCUGCUUCUGCUAGCGCUGCUGGUGCUACUGCUACUGCAGCUGAUGCUGCCACUGCUGACACUAUUGCUCCUGUUGAUGGUGCUAGUGCUGCUGCAACGACUGCUGCUGCUGCUGCCGCUGCUGCUGCUGCUCUUGCUAUUGCUGAUGUCAAGGAGCAGGAGCCACUACGGCAGCAGCCGCAAGAAGCAGCAGACCAGCCAGGAGCAGGAAAGAAGAGAAGGAAAAAGAAAAAGGGUCAGCAGGCCGGUCAGACCUCGCAGCAGAAUCAGCAACAGCCGCAGCAACAGCAGCAGCAACAGCAGCAGCAGCAGCAGCAGCAGGAGUUGCGGAAUUCCGAUCACCGGUUCGAGUGGACUAGGAAAGAGUUUGAGGCAUGGGCGAAUGCACUGGCCCAAGAUUAUGGUUACAGCGUUACAUUCAGUGGAGUCGGCGUGCUGCCAGAUGCGGCGCACCUUGGGUUUGCCACGCAAAUGGCUGUAUUUGAAAGAGACGCCUCUAAGAUGAUGGGUCCAGAGCCAGAGGAGGCAGAGGGGAUGGAAACAGAGGAUUCCAAGUCGGUGGAAGAUCCAGAGGUUGAGAAGCAGCCUUUUGAGAUAGUUUGGGACCAUCAUGUAGCUUGUUAAUACGAUUGUGUUUAUUUUAGAGAACUUUAAUGCAUAGAAAUUUAUUGUAAAUGAAUGUGCAUUAAUGCU